AGCGGCGACUCGAACGGUGGGAGGAGGUGACGUGACCCCGCUGCAGGAGUCUGGUGCGGCGGCGGUGAACUUCGUCUGCACUGCGGGAAUGUUGUGAACCGGCGUCAAGGAGAAAAAAAAACAACUCUGUGGAGAACCCCCUCCACCCCGUCACCAUGUGGAAGGCCACCGCGGGACCGAGGAGCAGCGUCUCCACCCCGGCGGGGUCGGGACCCCGCGCCGCCGCCGCCGUCACCGCGGUCACCUGCCUGCUGGUGACCGGGCUGCUGGUGGUCGCCGUCGGACACCCGAGCGGCGCACGCCGGGAGGAGCCGGCGGCGAGCGGGAAGGUCUUCUCGGCGUAUUUCAGGAAACUGACCCGCGAGCGCCGGGCGAUGAGCGGCCCCCCGCGGGGCAGCGCCGCCCGCGGGCCGGUGGAGCGUCUGACCCCCGCGGACCUCUUCAUCGCGGUGACGACGACCGGAAGGUAUCACCGGCCGCGGCUGCAGCUGCUGCUGGACACCUGGAUCUCCAGGAGCGCGCAACAGACGUACGUGUUCACUGAUGGAGAGGACAAAGAGCUGAGGAAGAGAAUGGGGGCUCACCUGAUCAACACCAACUGUUCGGCGGCCCACAGUCGCCAGGCCCUCUCCUGUAAAAUGGCUCUGGAGUACGACGUCUUCAUCGACUCCGGCAAGAAGUGGUUCUGUCACGUCGACGACGACAACUACGUCAGCGCCGGCCCCCUCCUGAAACUCCUGUCGCAGUACGGCCACGCGGAGGACGUGUACAUCGGCCGGCCGAGCCUGGAGCGACCCAUCGAGGCCACGGAGAGACUCGGCACCGCCCAAAUGAAGCAGGUGCGUUUCUGGUUCGCCACAGGAGGAGCGGGGUUCUGCCUGAGCCGCGGCCUCGCUCUCAAGAUGAAACCCUGGUCGAGCGGCGGCACUUUCAUGGCGACGGCCGAGCACAUCCGCCUGCCCGACGACUGCACCGUUGGCUACAUCGUGGAGGCGCUGCUCGGCGUGAGCCUCGUCCGCUCGGCUCUGUUCCACUCCCACCUGGAGAACCUGGGGCUGGUGUCGGACAUACACAACCAGGUUACUCUCAGCUACGGCACAGUGGAGAACAACAGGAACACCGUCAAUGUGAAAGGCCCGUUUUCAGUUAAUGAAGACCCUACAAGGUUCAGGUCUGUCCAUUGUCUGUUGUACCCAGACACUCCUUGGUGCCCCGGCCCCUGGCGACUGCCGCAGCCGUCCAGAGACGGGGAGGGAGGGCGGGACGCGCCGACGGGAGAGAAAAAGUAAAGGUCUUGGGGAGGAAAAAAAGGGAAAGGUAGAGAGACGACAAUCCGUCCGUCGCCCUCGUCUGUCUCCUGAAGACUCUCUGAAACCACAGGGACGUAAAGUGUCCUCGUGUCCGGCAGCGGUGCGGAGCCGCGGGCACGCGCUGUUUGAAAGAGUUUGACACCUGAACUCUGACCCUGGGAUCCGCGGCCGAGCUCCGGAGAAUGUCCGGAUAAUUGGGUCCGGACGUUGAGCAGAGUUUAACCGUUCACAUGAGAGAAGAGCAGCAGCGGGCGAUUGUCCAGGUCAGACGAGGUCACGACGACAUCUAGUCCAUCCAGCAGUCGCCGGGAUGUGUGAUUCAGGCCGAGGCCGGACAUCGUCCUCCCCGGAGUCCGGAGGAUUUUUGGCAAAUUCUCCUGGCUUCUCUUUUGUUUUCCCCCCUGGAUCCUCUCAAAGCCACGUUUGGCCUCGCAUCCACGAACAUGUCCAGUACAAAUCAUUUGUCCUUUUUUUUUUUUUGAGGGGAACAAAUCAUUUGAUAUGAUUUUAAAGGACCCAGACUCCGUAUCUGAAGUUUGAUCUCAUCAGUGUUCAGUAUUAUCCUCUCUCUCUCUCUCUCUCUCUCUCUCUCUCUGUCGAGAGCAUGUCACCGUGACAGUGUGACGGAGCACUUUGCUUGGUUUAUUAUCUGCCGCUUGCAAAUUCAUUCAUUCAUCAUUUGAUAAAUAGAGGAACAGUUUGACAUUUUGGGGACAUUGUGCUUAUUCGCAUUUUCUGCAGAGUAACGACUGUUUUAUAAAGAUGGACGACGUGCCUCCAUUUCGUCCUUUUCGUACACGGAUGAAGGUUUCACCCCGUUGUGAAAUAACUAAUUAAAACCAAACUUCUGGGGAAAAUGAACCCUUGAACAUACAUCAGUGUUAUAAGCGACCUGAUGUAACCUGAAGUGACAGAAACCAUGUUCGAUUGGUCCACGUCCCGUCUGCUAACGCGGAGGGGGCGGGGUUUCUGACGACCCAUGCCGCAACCAGCCACCAGGGGGCGAUCAAGAUGUCUGUCGUGUCGUCCAUUUUUGUAGCAGAGAGUUGGAGAAAAGGUCGACACCUCUCACGCUUUGUGUGCUAUGAACACGAAGCUCGCUGGUUCUGUCCAAACCAAUGUCCUGUAAAACUACAAACCGACGCUUUCACAUGUUUAUUUUGUAUCAAGUAAACAAACGAAGAUAUGAUGUGUUAAUUAGUUUGACGUCAGAGACGGGGGUUUGUUCUCCUAUGGACAGAGCCAACAGAUAAGUGGAUUAUGGAUUAUGAUUGUUAAAUGAAGUUAAGACCGCUCUUAGAGAAAGAUAUUCUCCUCUUUGAGGUUCUUUUGAGAAAUGACUCAUGUUGGGUCGUCCUCUAUAUUUCUGUGCAUCGAAGGCAGUUGUUGUUAAAUUCUGUCCCUUUGUUAAAUGAAUGUAUGCGAUGAACUGUUGCUUCUUCUCCAGUAUCUGGACUGUCUGUAGACAUCGUGGCUGAAGUUAAAUAAAAAUAACAAAAACCAA